UCGCUUUUUUUAGCUAAUACUUUAUAUCGCGGUUGUGAUAGGAUGGCUGGUGCUUUCACGUGACAUCAUGUGAUGCAGCGGAGCAUCGGAGGCGACUUUAUCUGAUCCUCUUGGUUUCUCCGACUUUUGCUCCAUCAGAUAAGUUGCAACUCUUUUUCUUCCUCGUCGCUCUCGUUCGCCCUCGCUCUCUCGCCCAGGCAGACCCACACGCUGAGAAUAUCAUAUCAUACACUCCUUCACAAUGUUCAGACGAGCCAUUUCUCUUGCUCCCAGAGCGGCCAGAUGCAUCGCGUCUCCGGCUGUAUCACGGCCGGCCUUGACGCCACUCGCUCCGGUGCCUGCGCUCACCUUCCGAACAACCAGAAGCUACCAUGAGAAAGAUAUGUUUCCUCUUCCUUGCCGGCAUAGCGGACUCAGCGAUUCGUCUGACUGACCUCAUGCACUGUUAAAUCAUUAUAGCAACCCACGGAAUGUCGGUUCAAUGUCAAAAACCGACAUGGACGUUGGAACCGGCUUGGUCGGAGCUCCGGCCUGCGGUGAUGUGAUGAAACUCCAGAUCAGAGUCGACAAGAGCAACAACACCAUCAGCGACGUCAAAUUUAAGACAUUUGGCUGUGGAAGUGCCAUCGCCAGCUCGAGUUAUCUGACCGAGCUUGUACGGGGCAUGACGCUUGAAGAAGCCGCCAAGAUCAGAAAUACCGAGAUCGCAAAGGAGCUUUGUCUUCCUCCAGUCAAGCUUCAUUGCUCCAUGCUUGCGGAGGAUGCUAUCAAGUCGGCCAUCAACAACUACUAUUCGAAGAACCCAACGGCCACCGACCUCUCUGGCACCGGGGCUUCCAUUGCUGAAGUGGCCGCUCAGCCCGCCGCUCAGCCUGCUACCACUACCCCUCCCGUCUCAAAUUAAGUCGUCUUCGGUCUGUUUUAUAAAUAAGCUUUUAUCUGACGAUUUACUUGCCGCCUAUCAUGGAACAUGAUGUACUGGCCUGUUAUUCUUGUUUCUGUGUUCAAGAAAAAUAUCCCCAUGAGCCAUUCUUUUCUUACCGGCCAUAAGCUGGAAAUACCUUGACGCCAAAGCAGCGCAAAUUGUAUAUUUUCUUUUGAAACCUGCGCUACCAAACGUAUUAUUCCUCAGAGAAUCAAUCAUUCACGUUCUCAGAUCAAUCAUCUCCUUCCUUGCUUCUGCUUCAAGUCUAUCUAUCACAAAUUUGUAAACAUGCGUAUGCCCUUCUAGCGGGAAGUGGCCAUGAUAUCUUCGUCGAAGGUAUUAGCGUUUCUAUUCUU